AUGCAAAAGGCAGACGCAGGCCUGCCCGCUGGCUGGGAAGUCCGCCACUCGAAUUCGAAGAAUCUCCCUUACUACUUCAACGAAUCACAAAAGCUGUCACGAUGGGAACCACCGCCAGGAACAGAUACCGAGAAACUCAAGACUUACAUGGCUGAGCACCACAGUGCGCCUGAGAUCAGACCCGAAGCUGGAGGGGCGAACGGCAAUCCCGGGAAUAAUGGCAAGAUCAGGGCAAGUCACUUAUUGGUGAAGCAUAAGGAUAGCCGGCGUCCCAGCAGCUGGCGCGAGGCCGAGAUUAAGCGCACAAAGGAGGAGGCUAUGAGCAUCAUCCUUGGGCACGAAGCUCGCAUCCGAAGUGGUCAGACAUCCUUGGGACAGCUUGCUGUGAGCGAAUCAGAUUGCAGCAGUGCGAGAAAGAUGGGAGAUCUGGGCUUCUUUGGCAAAGGCGACAUGCAAAAGGAGUUCGAGGAUGCUGCCUUCCAACUGAAACCAGGAGACGUUAGUCGCGUUGUUGAGACUGCUUCUGGGCUGCACUUGAUUGAGAGGUAAGACUUGCGCCUUUUGUCCGAUUCGUGGUUACUGAUGACUGUUCAGAUUGGAAUGAGCAGCUGUCUGAGUAUUAUUGGGACGUUUGCUUUGGGCUAAAUAGUGUGUUGAUAAGGCUGGUU